AUGGCGACCAAGCGGGUCCGCACGGGCUGCCUUAAGUGUCGCGUCCGCCGGCGCAAGUGCGACGAGGGGAAACCCAAAUGCCAACGAUGUAUCUCUGGCGGGUUUGAGUGCCAGUACGGCACGCGUCUCUCCUUCCUGGCCAAGAACUCCUUCACCCUCGAUGACCCAACUUCACCCACACGCUCCACGCCACGAUCAGGUUAUCGGAAGGUCCAGUUCGUCAAUGCGGGCACACCAAGUCCCAACGAUGCUUCUGCCAGCUCAUCUCUGCCGGGGUCAGACCCGCCGGUGCCCAUGCAGAUCGUCAUCGAGCCUGGCCAGUCUCAGGAUAUGCCAACACAAACUCUGCCUCAUGAAGCGAGCAAUGCACAACCUCCAGCCAACUCAUUGGCGGAACCAUCACAUGGCUCCAGUCCUAAGGACAGCAUGGUCUCACGGCUCAUGCCUCCUCCACAAGCUCCGCCUCUCAGUCAUAUUGAGCAGCAGCUCUCGGAUCCAGCAUUCAAUGUUUCAUUCGGCACACACGAUCUCGAAUCAAACACCAGCGGUCGCUAUCAAGACGCCCUCGAUGCCCUGCUCUCGCUUGGCGCAGAUGAGGUGGACGGAAGCUCGGCGGUUCUCCAGGCACGACAACCCUAUGCCCAGUACAGCCCCGUUCUAUUCAAACCUUCACCACAGACGCCAGACGACAUCGACAGAGAACACAGGCUGCAGCAGCUGAUACUGAGUGGGGAGCUCAAAGGCGCAGUAUCGGAGCCCUCACUCGGCAAUACCGUCUCUGAGGAACGUGUGCUUGUCUUACUUAAGCACUGGCGUUAUGAAGUUGCGCCAUGGCUCGACCUAUUUGACCUUGGCCAUGGUUUCGGGAUCUAUGUAUCUCUACUGGCAUCCCACUCAAAGAUUGUGCUAGAUGCACUUGUGGCGUUGUCUUCAGCAUCGCAAGACAAGCAUUUUGGCAAUGCCGCCAGCUCACAUUCAGAUGAUCACAUCAUUCCUCAGGCAGAGAAUUCAACUACUUCAGUGCUACGCAACGGUUUCGACAUGAGCUCACAAGUCAAGCUGCUUUGUAUCGUGCUGCGCAGCACGAGAUCGGUCUACAGAGACAGUAGUAGCAGUGGUGCUGCGCUCGCUACUGUCUUGGACAGAUAUCGACUAGAGAGCUCGAUGACCAUGGUUGGAACUCUGGGUUUCCAAUUGCUCCUGCGGAUUGAACUAGCAGCUGCCCUUAUCGACGAGCGUGCUCUGCCUGUCUCCUUGUAUGACUUAGGUGUCAUGCCCACUCCUUGGCAUAAAUCUCGACUAGCUCAAGAAGUCUUUGCCACUUCGAUGCAAGCGCUGAUCUACUGCAUCCGCGCCCUUGCGCUUGCUUUUGGCGAGGUUCCCGUUGCGACGCCAGGUGACAUGGUUGGUGCCUGGUUGGCACUCAUCGACGACCUUAACGACUGGUAUCUGGCUCGCACUGAGGAGUUUCAGUCCCUGAUCGAGACAAGUGACUCUGACGACGGGUUACCGACCAUACUAUUCACUAGCGGCGCCGGAGGCUUUGCCAACCAGAUGUAUCACACUGCCAUGCUGCUGCUCCUGCGGCAUAAGCCUCGCACAGUGCAAUUGACACGCCACCUCAAGCCUUCAGCGGCGUCCUUCUUGUGGCAUGCACGUCGGAUCUGCGGGAUAGCACUCAAUAAUGACCUACGGGAAUGCUGGGAUCCCUGCCUGGUGUCUUCCCUAGUGCUUGCCGCGAAAAGGAUGUCGCACGAGGACCAACACAGGACGAUUUUAAACGGACUAAGGCGCAUUGGUUCUCUGACGAAGUGGGACGUGUCCCGCUACGAGACCAUCCUGCAAGCCGAGUGGGGAAGUUGA